UAAGGGAGUACUAUAGGCUGAGUACAUCCCCUACAUUAUAAAUUGACUUUUCUCCUCUUCAUCACUUCAUAUGUUUGUUAACUUUGCACCAAUUUCUCUAAAACUAUUAUUCUGCAGCUUUAAUCUUGGAUCAAUGGCUGUUCCAUCCUACCUUGUGAAUAUCCUUGAUAGCAACCAUGUUUCAGCACCGAAAGGGUCGGUUCCCUCAACAACACUUGCUCUUACUUACUUGGACCUCCCAUGGUUUCCUUCUGCUCCCAUGCAAAGCCUUUUCUUCUACGAAUUCCCUCACCCUACCUCUCAUUUCAUGCAAACCACGCUCCCAACUCUAACCCAGUCUCUUUCUCUAACUCUUCAACAUUUUUUCCCACUUGCAGCGAAGCUCAUCUGCCCUCCGCCUCCACUUAAGCCUUAUAUCCUUUACAGCGACGGCGAUUCUGUUCCUCUUAUCGUCGCCGAAUUCACCGGCGCUGAUGUCGACCAUCUUACAGCCAACUACCCACGAGAUUUCAAAUUACUACACCCCUUCGUUCCCGAAUUGCCACCAUCCACUAUGUCAUCGGAUGGCAUACUAGUGAGGCCCAUCAUGGCCGUCAAGGUCACAGUGUUUCCAAACACUGGCGUUUGCAUUGGGAUGGCGCAUAACCAUGUGGCAGCCGAUGGAAGCGCAUUCAUGCACUUCAUGAGAUCUUGGUCUUCCGUUUGCAAGUCAAAAGGAGACUCGACGUUUCUCGACAAAGUGUCGCGGAGACCUUUCUAUAACAGGGAUGCGUUGGGAGACCCUGAUGGUUGCAACGAGGAAGCCCUAAAAUGCUACUGGCAUUGGAUAUCAUCUUGGAGAGAGAACCUUGCUGGUCCUACCAAGGAAAUAUCAUCGGUGGACAAGGUUCGAGCCACAUUUGUACUGACCCGAGCUCAAAUCACCAAACUCAAGCAGUGGCUCACGACUCAGUGCAAGAACAGCAGCAAUGAUUCCGAAGAAGUAAAGAUAUCAACAUUUGUAGUCACAUGCUCUAUCAUGUGGAUAUGUAUGAUCAAGUCGCAAGAGAAUAAUAUUCAAGUAUCAACAAAUGGUGACGAUGGUGAUGAUACGUUUUACUACUUGCUUUUUGCGGUUGAUUGCCGGAACCGAAUUGGAUUUCCUCUGCCUGUAACAUAUUUUGGGAACUGCCUAGCACCGGGUGUUAUACGAGCCAAGAAGAGUGAGCUGAUGGGCCCAAAGGGGAUAGUCACAGCGGGGAAAGUAAUUGCCAAAAAGGUGAAAGAGAUGGAGAGCGGCGCCCUGAAAGAAGCAGAAAAAGGACCGUCAAACCUUGAGGAAAUGUUUAGGUCGGGGCAUCAUGUAGGGAUCUCUGGAUCACCAAAAUUUCGUGUAUAUGAUAUGGAUUUUGGGUGGGGGAGACCUCUAAAGAUCGAGUUUAUUCACAUCGACGAUGGUGGAUCUUUGUCGUUGAUCGAGUCUAAAAACGAAUCUGGCGGCAUGGAAGUUUCCUUGGUUCUUAGCAAGAAUCAAAUGGAUGCAUUCACUUCAAAUCUUGCUGAAAGCUUAAAAGCCUUUUGAUUGAGAAUUCAGUAAUUUCUUCCUUAUAUAGUAUUUGGAUAGUAUAACAUAUCAUCAUCUUUGAAGGUACAACUCUUAGUACUUGAACCAAAUAAUUGACGUUUAGACCUUCUCAGAGAAUGAUAUCAAAGUUACUUUGAUGCUAUUAUUGUGUACGUUCAACCGAAUAAAAAUGUUUCGAACUCCUUAAUACAGUUUUUUGCUUUUG